AUGGAAGAUGCAGAGGCUCAAGAAGUAAUUGAUAACCUAAACAAACAAUUGGAGGAGAAAAGACAAAGGUUAAUGGAGAUGGAGUCAGAAGAAGAAAUGCUAGAAAAUGAACCAGAAGACACUGAAGCUAUUUCUAGGUCACAGGCAAAAGAUGUGGAAGAAUAUUUCAAUGAAGAUGAUCAAAUUGUAACUAAAGUGGAAAUUUAUAAAGAUGCAAGAUUGGAUGGACAUGCUUCUUUUGUGGCAGAUGAUGUAUUUGUUAAAUCCAAAGAAUUUAAGUCUUUUCUUAAUAAUUUCAAAGACAAAAGGAAAAACUAUGAUCUUGAAGGAUACAUUCAGUCUUGCAAGAAGAGCCAGAACUUGGGAGGUUAUCUACAUGUCAGUAUUGAGGCUGAAGAUAUCUUCAAGAACAUGGAUGAUGCAGAGGCCAAAGAGGUAAUUGAUCAACUGAAUAAUGAACUGGUAGAAAAGAGACGGAGACUCGAGGAAAUUGAAACCAAGGAGGAGGAGGCAGAAAGUGAAUUUGAUGAGAAUGUAGUUGUCUCUAGAUGGCAAGUGCCAGAGAAGGAAGAAGAGGCAGACAUGCAGGGCCAAAUAGAGACAACAUUAGAAGUUCAUGCCGACUCUUGUUACAAUCCAUAUAGAUGCUUUUGA